UAAUCAUUUGACGUGGUGACGUAAUUUAUCAGCAGAAAGAGGAAAAACAAACACAUGUUUUAUAGCAUUCCAGGUCCUCAACCAAGGAGCUGAGAAGGCAAUCGCUGCCUCAUUAAAAAAAAAAAGCAAUCUUGGACUGUGUGUGACUAUUGACCUGACCUGACCCCGCGGCUGGUAAUGUUGCAGAUCCUCUCCCGUGACCACGUGACAGUGUCGGUGGAUGCUGUGGUAUACUACAGAGUCCACGAUCCCGUCAUGGCGGAGAACAAUGUGGAGGACUACAGCCACUCCACCCGUCUCUUGGCCGCCACCACCCUCCGGAAUGUCCUCGGUACGAAGAACUUGGCGGAAAUCUUGAGCGAGCGCGAGUCCAUCUCCCACAACAUGCAGAGCUCCCUAGACGAAGCCACAGAUCCCUGGGGUGUCAAAGUAGAGCGAGUUGAAAUCAAGGAUGUCCGCUUGCCCGUGCAACUGCAACGUGCCAUGGCUGCAGAAGCCGAGGCAGCACGAGAAGCCCGUGCCAAGGUGAUUGCGGCCGAGGGAGAGCAGCGUGCUUCCAGGGCCCUCAAGGAGGCUGCAGAGGUUAUCAACGAGUCCCCAGCUGCCCUCCAGAAACCUGUGAUCUUGUAUCACCCUAGAAACCUUUUGUACAUUGUCAUUAUAUCAAGACUAAAUAUAGAACUUCAAUGGGACAUUUGCAAAAAGAUUGAAUAUGAACACUAG